AUGCGUGAUACACCCUCCAAGUUCAUCGAGAUCCUUGAUCCCAAGGACUCUCGACGUAUGUCUGACGCCGACGUCCGCCUCGAGGAUGUCCUCGCCGACCAUGAAGCAACCAUCAACAACCGAGCCCGUUCCUCUACACAAACAUCAUCAAAACCAGAAAAAUCCCCGUCUCGGAGGAACUCGACAUCCCCGACGCCGCGCUGGAAACGGUUGAGCAAUAUCCUCGCGCAACCCCGCCGGCACUCUUAA